AUUAGAUCGUAAUUUUUUUUCAGGAUACUGACGUUCUGCUACCUCGCAGCCUUCAACUGGUGGCUUCUCCUGUGCCCUGUCACAUUGUCUCACGACUGGCAAAUGGGCUCAAUUCCUCUAGUCACCAGUAUCAGCGACUCAAGGAACAUCAUGACCAUACUCAUGAUCGGACUCACGUUUCUUCUUACACUCAGAUGCCUACAAGACUUUGAUAACCAGAAGCAUCCUUCUAUGGUGCUAGGACUCAUGCUGUUGAUUAUACCUUUUCUACCAGCAACAAAUAUUUUAGUUACUGUUGGAUUUGUAGUAGCUGAAAGAGUAUUGUACAUACCAAGCUUAGGAAGUAUAGUUCUAACAGUGUACGGAAUACAAAUCCUGUGGUACUCCUGGACUAGCCAGCGUCAGACUAUAGCUUGUUUUGUUGUACUACUACUUGCAACAGGAUGCAUGAGAACCAUAGCUAGAAAUAGAGACUGGCGAUCUCGAGAAUCUCUACUAAGGGCUGGUCUCACAACUUUACCUCAGAACGCCAAAAUGCAUUACAACUACGCCAACUUCCUUAGAGACACAAACAAGUUUGAGCUAGCGAAGGCUCACUACUAUACGGCUCUCAAAUUAUGGCCUUCCUAUGCUAGCGCCCACAACAACUUGGGUACACUGCUGAACUAUUCACAUGAAGCUGAACAUCAUUUUCUAGAAGCCAUCAAGUACUCCUCAGACCACGUCAAUGCUCAUUACAACCUUGGGCAACUAUACAGAAAAAUGAACCGAACUACAGAGUCCGAAAUGAUGUUGAAAAGGUGCAUUGAUUUAGAACCGACUUUCGCACCUGCUUACGUAGAACUAGCAAGACUGCAAGAUAAUGAUCUGAACAUACUCAAGCUCCUAAGAAGAGUGGUAGAAUUGAACCCCAAUGAUCCAUACUUCUGUGCUGCCUUUGGGUAUUGGCUGUUCAAGAAGGGUCUUUACGAAGAGUCGCUGCGCCACUAUCAUAGAUCGCUGCAAAUUUCCCCAACAUACAAAGAAGCUUUUAUCGGGGUAGCCAGGGUGUUGAGGAAACUUGGCCAAAGCUCGAGACUCUUUCAAAUCGUUACUCGGUGGCAGCUGAUUCAUAGGAAUAGCAGCAAUGAGAUAAAGCUUAGCCACGUUUAUUUGCUGGGAUGGUCUCUGAGGAGUGAACUUACCAGUAAAGCGAAGGCCUACGAUGUUUACUAUGAAUUUGGCAAUUCCUACCUCAACACUGGAACUACCGAGAAUUGCUCGUUGAAGGAGAAGUGGUUGAAGCAGAAGAGAAACAAAACGUCAAGUCGAAGUUCUAAAGGCGAAGAAAAGAUCCGGACAACAAAAUACGUGUCACCGUUCAUAGUUCACCAUCUGCUAGAUAGUCUGUAGCUAAAAGAGAAACUUAGUCAACAAAUCGUGAUAUCUCAAAGUAUUAAAAUAAAGUUGUAUUGUGUGCAAUAGCAGUUACUAAAUGGAAAUGCAAUGUUUGGCAGAAUCUGCUUGACGUGUGAUGAUCAGAUGCAACGUAGGCAUGUCAUUGUCGUUUUUUCAAGACAUUACUAUGUGCAUCUCACGAUUCGAGCGGAGUUUGUCGAAUUGCAUCAAAAAAGUGCCAACAAAAAGAUGUAAAUGGAAAAUCUGCUGAGGCGAAUGACUGGUGACGAGUAUUCCAAAGCAAUUUUUCUAAGUAAGCUUGUAAAUAAAUGUACAUUUCGAUGAAAAACAAAAGCGAUAUUCUAAUAUGUACCUUAUUUUUAUAAAAUUUAUUUGGUAGUAAGUUGUGAAUUUCAAGGAGGAACAAGUAGAUUGUUUUGCUGGAUCCAAAGCAAAUGUUCAUAGCCCAGUGUAUUUUUACCAGGUUACGAAACAGCCAAUACAUUUUUUUCACUUUGAAUCACUAUAGAUCGCUUGAUGGUUGCAGAAUUUUUCUGAUAUACAGGGUGACUUCGAAGUUGAGUCAUUUAUUUUAACAGUGAGUAGAUCU